CACAUCGUGCAUAUGAAACUGCAAAAAUGGAAGAGACAAAAAAAUACACACCAACUGACACAACCAAACUAUUGGAUAAAUUCAAUAAAAUCCUUUACGUAUUUGGAUUUAGAGGGUUUUGGAUGGGAGACGUCAAAUUUCCGAAAACUGUUAUGAAGAUAAUUGACAUAUUAUACCCCGUGCUAAUUAUUACGCAGGGUACAUUCGGCACUCUGCAAUUAGGGGCAUAUUUUACGCAAAAACAUUUGAAUUCAGUGCAAAAAAUUGAUGCUUUGGUUAUGGGUUUUGGCCAGCCCAUGAUGCUUUUGUAUUGCCUAAACUGUAGGUACUAUAAGAAAGCCUGCAGAGAGGUGUUUUACCAUUUGUUCGUCGUGUUGAAGACUGUGUAUAAUGACAAAGAGACAGAGGAGAAUAUGGUAAAAAGACUAAAGCUCUAUUUUGGGGCGUAUUUGAUAUUCUCUUUGCUAAUUGUCCUUCUAUACGGGAGUUAUGCUUCCGUCGAGACGGUGAGGAAAGGUGCAACAUUCGUUACUGUGGUAACAGCGUGGCCUGACGUCACAGAUACCUCUAAAUUAGCUUCUUACGCAAGAGUCGGUAUUUUCAUGUACUGGAGCGUAUACAGCUUCACCACAUCUGUGGUUAUCAUCAUCGUUUUAAUUAUUUUCUUAGGCUUGACUUAUCAGUAUAUAAAUUUGCAAAGAUAUUUUGAAAACCUUAACAGUAUAUUUGAAAAUGAUCGACUAAGUCACGAAGAAAUGGAGAAGAACUUCGAAAAGGCGUUACAGAAUGGAAUUAAAGCACACUCUGAAACUUUAUGGUGCGUCAAGCAAUGCCGUAUGAUAUGUAGUGCAAUAAACGCGGGUGUAAUAUUGCUAACCACUGGAACUCUUGUUAUUUUAAUGCCCGCUAUUCUGGGCAGUAAAGAUGAUUUGCUAGAAGCAAUGAUGUAUUUAAUGGUGUUCAAUAUAGUUCUAAUGAUCAUGGCGUUUUUCAUGUGCAACGCUGGAGAUACUACUGUUGAAGCUCAGAAGCUUCCGAACGCCAUCUACAGUUGCGGCUGGUACAACUGCUACGGCAAGAGAUCCGCUCGCAUCAGGAGUUUGGUGGUUGUCGCCAUGAUUCAAGCGCAGGAGCCCGUAGUGUUCACAGGCUUUGGUGUCAUCGAGCUAUCUUAUGAAAACUUUGUAACCAUAAUCAAAUCUGCGUAUUCUUUAAUCUCAGUAUUUCACUAAUGUUAGUUUUUAUCGUCGGGAAAAUAUCUCUACGUGAGGUCUAGACCGUAUAUUACCUACACACAAUUUGCACAUUCUUAUGUAACUAAUAAAAGUUGUAAUAAUUAUGUUAUGAAAUAAAGUGAUUAUCCACAUCA